UGUGUGAGAGAGAGAGUGUGUAUGUGUUGCUGUUACCCGCCGCCUCCCCUUUUUUUCUCUCCGUCUUACUCACCCACCCCCUUUUCUCUCCGACUCCCUCGUCCCUACACCUCCAGUCCUGCUCCUGUUGUCUCGGCGGAUUGUUGGGCUGUGGGAGAGAAGGGGAUAUCGCGAGUAUUGGAGUUUUGGUGAGAGUUUGUGGAAGAUGGCGCCUGUUGUGACAGGGAAGUUCGGGGAGCGCCCUCAGCCACAGCGCCUAACAAGAGAAGCGAUGAGGAAUUACCUGAAGGAGCGAGGAGACCAAACUGUCAUGAUCCUACACGCAAAAGUUGCACAGAAAUCCUAUGGCAAUGAGAAAAGGUUCUUCUGCCCUCCUCCCUGUGUGUACCUGAUGGGCAGCGGCUGGAAGAAAAAGAAGGACCAGAUGGAGCGAGACGGCUGCUCCGACCAGGAGUCGCAGCCUUGCGCCUUCAUCGGCAUCGGCAACAGCGACCAAGAAAUGCAACAGCUCAACUUAGAGGGAAAGAAUUAUUGCACAGCCAAAACCUUGUACAUAUCCGACUCUGACAAGAGAAAGCACUUCAUGUUGUCUGUCAAGAUGUUCUACGGCAACAGCGCGGACAUCGGCGUCUUCCUCAGCAAGAGGAUCAAAGUCAUCUCCAAGCCCUCCAAAAAGAAGCAGUCCCUCAAAAAUGCUGACUUGUGCAUUGCAUCGGGGACCAAGGUGGCACUGUUCAACCGACUGCGCUCCCAAACAGUCAGCACGCGGUAUCUACACGUGGAGGGUGGCAACUUUCACGCCAGCUCCCAACAGUGGGGCGCUUUCUACAUCCACCUGUUGGACGAUGAGGAGUCAGAAGGAGAGGAGUUCACUGUGAGAGACGGUUAUAUCCACUACGGCCAGACGGUCAAGCUGGUCUGCUCCGUCACCGGCAUGGCCCUGCCCAGACUGAUCAUCCGGAAGGUGGACAAGCAGACGGCGCUGCUGGACGCCGAUGACCCCGUCUCCCAGCUCCACAAGUGUGCCUUCUACCUGAAGGACACAGAGCGCAUGUACCUGUGCCUUUCCCAAGAAAGGAUCAUCCAGUUUCAAGCCACUCCAUGCCCAAAGGAACCAAACAAGGAGAUGAUCAACGACGGAGCCUCCUGGACAAUCAUCAGCACAGACAAGGCCGAAUACACCUUCUACGAGGGCAUGGGCCCCGUCCACUCGCCUGUCACCCCGGUGCCUGUGGUGGAGAGCUUACAGCUAAACGGCGGCGGGGAUGUCGCCAUGCUGGAGCUGACGGGACAGAACUUCACUCCAAAUCUGCGGGUCUGGUUCGGAGACGUUGAGGCUGAGACCAUGUACAGGUGUGCCGAGAGCAUGCUGUGUGUGGUGCCCGACAUCUCCGCCUUCCGCGAGGGCUGGCGCUGGGUGCGACAGCCCGUCCAGGUGCCCGUCACUUUGGUGAGGAACGACGGCAUCAUCUACUCCACCACACUGACCUUCACCUACACGCCAGAGCCGGGACCGAGGCCACACUGCAGCGCCGCCGGCGCCAUCCUGCGGGCCAGCAACUCGGGCCUGCUCAGCAACAGCAGCCAGGAGGCCGGCUCCAGCGUCUACGGCUCCAACAGCACUUCCAACGCAGGAGUCACGUCUUCUUCCUCCACCGCCGCAGCCGUGGUCUCCUAACGCACACAUGGGGGGGGCACUCAUACAUGCCUUGAGAGCAAAUAUACCCUGAGGUAUAUGAAGACUAUAGGAAAUAAACAAAACUGACUCUAAAAGUGCUGCGUUCAUUUUGGAUACAAAGAAGCUGCAAAGGAAAACAAAACAAAAGAAUCGGUGGGACAGAGGAGCCCUACGCAGAGGGAAAUCUGAAGGAGUGACAUCACAACGUUGUCAGCUGAUGGGAAUAAACGUAUAUAAAGUGCUCCUUGACACGCCUCCCCACCCCAGCCCCCCCACUCUCUUCUCCUGUGGUUACUUUAGGGACCUGCCUGUCCAGUUCUGGUGUUGGGAAUGAGUGAAUUCCUGCAGGCUCAGAGCACCAGCACCUUUCUACAGCUGUGAGGACGGAAACCACAACAACAGUACAUCCACCGUGUGCAUCCCACCUCCCCUUUAUCCUCCCCGCUCCGUUUAAAUUUUUUUGUAAUUAUUCCUUUUUGUUUCUCACAUUCACGUCUGAAACCCUUACCAGGGGUGGGGGCGGGGGUGGUUUGGAUGUGUUGUUGUUGGAGGGAGUGCAAGGAUGCAGAGGGACACACAUAAAACGUGACGAUAACAUAGUUUUUAUGGACCAAGGAUCUUGUAUAAGCUUUAGUAAAGGUACAUUUUUCUCCAUACCUUUUUUUGUAUUAAACAUAUAGUACACUUUUGUUACCAAAUAGUUUCUAUUCUUCCUCUGAGCUUGGGCUUUGUUUUUAUUUUUAUUUUUUAUUUUUUCUCCCCUUCGAGGUCCAAAAUCCCAACCUGUAUGUUAUUGUGACCUUACUUCAAACGCCUUUUUUUGGGUUUCAUUUUGAUAUACUUGCUUCUUCUUUUUGGGGAAAAGUCUGAAGUCUUGGGUUGGGUUUUUAUUUUAUUUUAAUUUUUUUUUUAAGAUUUUACAUAAGCAAAGAUCUUUUUGUUUGUUUUGUUCUGUUUUUUUGCUUUUGAAAGGGGACAAACCUCAGAGGGCCUAUUUUUAUCAUUGGUUUUUAAUGAAGUCUUUAAGAAAAAAAAAAAAAAAAAGAAAAGCUUUAAGCAACGCCUCUGCCUUGCCUGCAAUACUCUGUGUGCGCUGUGUCUCCUGGAAAGUAUACACAUCAGUACAUGUCACACGGAGCCAUAGCAACAUCUGCAGAACACGAAAGCGGUCUUCUGCGAGAGCAAAUCCGUCUGCCGCUUUCAAACUAAUGUACCGAGCGUAGUCUUCGACUUCAAAGGAUAGCCUUAGUACUGUAUAUUCUUACUGUGUAUACAGGUAAGCCAGUCACAUAUCUGAUAAUAUCCUUUAUCUGUCACUGCUAACGUAUCCAAUAAUGUAGUGUCUCGAAACUUGCACCUAGCAAAGGUGUCUUCCAGUCCGUGCUGUAGUUCUGGUGGCAUUUAUCUCCAAAAACACAAAAAACAACAGAGGGGGGGAAAAAAGACACUUUCAAUUUGAUGUGGCCUUACUGAAAACUUCAAAUAGAAGAAGGAAAAACACUUCAGUUUUCUUAUAUGCUGUUUACUCACCUUGGGAGAACCUGUGCAUAGCACAAAAGCUAGCCGACGCCUCGCUUCUCUGCUGUUUGGAGCUCAUCGCCGCGGCUCUCCAACCACCUUCCCCGUGCAGAGCAGCCUUCUGAAGGGAGCCUUCAUUCCCAGUGUACAAGUACAAUAACCCACUUUUUUUUUUUAAACUCUCACACUGGUGCCCGGCACCUUCUCACUUUUUGGUACAACGUCUCACGAGCACUGUAAGCUCUUUUUCAGCCUUCUUCUUCUUUGGUUUUUCUCAAUGUUAUUUUUCUUUAAAGAAAAAAAGUCCUGUGGUUUAAUAUGUUGGCCGAGCAAGCGUGUGUACAUUGUGAACUCACUGUCCGAGUAGUUGCACUCAUUCAUGUUCGAUGGCGAGACCUGUAGGAGUUAUAAAGGCCUUCUAAAAGUGUAUUACUGAAAAUGUGCAUUUCCAAAACAUAACAGCAAUAUUGUACAGGUCAUCUCAUCAGUUUUUGUUUUCGUUUCGGGUUUUGUCCGCCUGAGCACUAGUUCACCAGCCAGCAAAUAUAUAUGUGUAUGUGUGCGUGCGUGUUUCAUAUACAGUCGCUGUAAUCGGUGUAUUGAGUCAGACUCGCUCCGCGUCCUCUCCGAGAAAAAGGAAAAAACAACUUUUAUUGGUGUUUUUUUUUUUUAAAUGUCUUCCACCGGGAUCUAAACGUCUGAUAAAUGUGGAUAAAACAUUCAAAGGCAAUACUUGUGAUCGCAGUAUUACAGUACAACUGUAUACAAAGAACAAUACUGUGACUUGAAUGCGUGCUUAAUGAAGUAUUUCAGUUUUUCUUAUUCGCGCCCUCGAAACAGGAACACACAGACUCAUUUGCCCCCCCCCCCCCCCCCCCCCCACACGCUUCCAUGUAAAAAAUAAAAUAAAAAAAUAAAAAUAUUAAUAAGAGAAAAGUUUAAAUUAUGCCCCUCCCCCUUCUUCCCCCAUUUUGCCGUUCUUGCCCACCUGUGUGUCGUUAAUGUUAAAUGUUUUAUAUUGUAAUAUUGAUAUUUUUUAAAUUAUUGGUACAAAGUUUCCCCUUGUCUUAUGUCCACACACAAAAAAAGAAUUAAAAACGGAAAAAAAACCUA